GGCUCAAUGCACCAUGCAGCCUCAGAGUUUCAGCUGGAAGGAGAAUAUGUGUUGGCUGGACUUUUUGAUAUUCAUCAUGUUAGUUCUGCUGUUGCACAAAUCAGACCAGAAGGAAUCGACUGCUCCAAUCAACCCUUGAUUCUGUCGAGCUAUCGGAGGUUUCAGUUGAUGAGAUUCUCUGUAGAGGAAAUCAAUAACUCCACAAACCUCCUGCCAAAUGUCUCUCUGGGCUAUGAUAUAUUUGACCACUGCUCAGAUACACACAGUUUUCCAGGCAUUUUUAAACUCCUCUCAGUCGAUGGCAUGAUCCAGCCUUGGGGCAAAGCACACAGGAAUGUGUCCAAAGUGAUGGCGGUGGUCGGCCCUUUUACGAGCACUCAGGUCCUGACUGUGGCCCCGCUGUUCAUGAUGGAUCUCAUUCCUAUGGUCAGUUAUGGAGCUUCUACUUCGGUCUUUUCAAGAAAACAGCAAUUUCCCUCUUUCCUACGAACAGUGCAUCCCAAUAAAGACGUCAUAGAAGUGAUUGUUCAUAUCAUUCAACACUUCAACUGGCGCUGGGUUGCAUUCCUUAACAUUGAUGAUGAUUAUGGAAAUGAUGGCCGGGAGUUGUUCAUGAAGAGGAUUAGCAACACUGAUAUUUGCAUGGCAUACACCAAAGGCCUCAAUCUAUAUACAGAUCACUCCCAACUAUUCAGACAGAUAGAAACACAGAGGAUAGGUAUCAUCAUUGUUUUUGCUCCUGAAUGGACUGCUGAAGCUCUCAUUGAGUCCGCUAUACAACUCAAUGUCACUAACAAGGUGUGGAUAGCAGGACACGCAUGGUCCUUAAACAAGAAGCUCCCCAAGAAGAAAGGAAUCAAACAUAUUGGAACUGUAAUUGGGGUUUCUGAGCCAAAAGUAACAAUACCUGGUUUCAGUGAUUUUAUUUAUUCUUCCAAAAACCAGACUCAUUCUAAAAAUGCAGAACAAAAUGUGUUUUGUAAUCAGGGUUGCAACUGCAGCAGCUUGAGUGCAGAAGAAAUCCUCACUGUGGACCCAUCUUUUAAUUUUCCCGUUUAUUCUGCUGUGUAUGCCAUCGCUCAUGCCUUACACAACACCUUGCAAUGUGAAUCAGGCAGAUGUAAUGGUAAUAUUACAGUAUACCCACAUAUGGUUCUUGCAGAGCUGAAAAAGUCAAACUUUACACUUUUAAACCAAAGUGUUACAUUUGAUGAGAAUGGAGACCCCAACUAUGGAUCCUAUUCGAUAGUUUUCUGGAACCAAAUUGGUGAUGCAGAGGAGAUUGGCUUUUAUCAUUUUCACCCAACUUUCCAUUUCUUCAUCAACAACACCCAAAUUCAGUGGUACACAGAGGAAAGGGUACCUACUUCACUGUGUUCCCAAGAAUGUGAUGUAGGAUUUGCAAAAAAGCAAGAUGGAAUCCACAAAUGCUGCUUCAAUUGUGACAUCUGUGAGAAGGGAACUUAUAUCAACAAAACAGAGGAUCCCUACAAGUGCAUCAACUGUAAGAAAACUGAAUGGUCUGCACCAGGAAGUACAUCAUGUAAUCUGCGGGUGGUGGAGUACGUCCCAUUCACAGACAGCGGGGCUAUAAUGAUCAUGGUCGGAGCCUGGGUCUUGGUGGGCCUCACACUAGCCAUGUCCGCUCUCUUUGCCAUCAACUACAAUACACCUGUUGUCAGAUCUGCUGGGGGACCAAUGUGCUUCCUAAUUUUUAGCUGCCUUAGUCUGUGUAGUCUCAGUGUGUUCUUUUACUUUGGUAAGCCAACCACUUCCUCUUGUAUCUUAAGGUUCUUACCAUUUCUCUUGUUUUACACGGUUUGUCUCGCAUGUUUUGUGGUGCGCUCUUUUCAAAUUGUAUAUAUUUUUAAAAUGGCCGCCAAGUUCCCCAAGCUCCAUAGUUGGUGGAUGAAAUAUCAUGGACAAUGGCUGGUCAUCACUGUGGCAUUUGUUACUCAGGCACUCCUCCUUCUUUUUGGCUGUGCUUUUGCCCCUCCCAAGCCCUACAAUGACACACUCGAGUACCCAGACAAAGUCAUACUUGCUUGUGAUAUUAAUCUCAAAGCAUUCGCCGGUCCUGUGAUUUUACUUUUAUCUUUGUGCUCUCUUUGCUUUAUUUUCUCCUACAUGGGAAAAGACCUCCCUAAAAAUUACAAUGAAGCCAAAGCAAUAACCUUCUGCCUGCUGAUGCUGAUCCUCACCUGGGUCAUCUUUGCCACUGAGUACUUACUUUACCAUGGCAAGUACAUCCAAACACUCAACGCCCUGGCUGUACUCUCCAGUCUCUACUCCUUUCUGUUGUGGUAUUUCCUCCCAAAAUGUCACAUCAUCCUUUUUCAAUCAUACAAAAACACACAGGAGUACUUCCAAAGUCUCAUUCAGAAUUAUACCAUCAGACAGUAGCAGCUUCCAGUAAAUGUGUGUUCUGUAUUCAAGAAGAGAUGUGCUAACCGACCUCCUGAAUACUUUCAAUUAAAUCACAUUAAUCACAGUAGAACAUCAUAUUUUAAAUCUGUCCCUGUUUUGUUGUAUCCUAAUUAGGUUGAUUGUUUAUAUUUGGUUGUUUUACUCAGGGGUGUAAGAAUCUUGAAAUUCAAUAUGCAGUCAAUAACAUUUAAACAUAGGCUCUUUUAAUGCUGUGUUAGCAUCACAGCCAUGGUAAGGGCUCUGUGACUCUGUACAGCAGUGCCUUGAGCGAAAUGCUAACAUCAGCAUGUUUAUAUAACAUACUCAUGAUAUAGUGCUGCAGGGUUA